AUGUUUGGAGGCGUUUCCGGGCGGAUCCAGAAGGACCGGCAGAGGGCUGGAGGUCUGGGCUCGCUACAGCUGUCUGUACAAUACCUGAACCAGGACUUCCAGGCACUGAAGGAGGACUGUCAGCAGAACGGAUCCCUGUUCCAGGACCCAAUGUUCCCCGCAGAACCGGCCUCACUGGGCUUCAAGGAACUCGGACCGUUUACCCCCAAAACCAGAGGGGUGGAGUGGAAGAGACCAACUGAUCUGACAGAGAACCCCCAGUUCAUUGUGGGCGGAGCCACCAGGACAGACAUCUGUCAGGGAGCGCUGGGAGACUGCUGGCUGCUCGCUGCUAUCGGGUCUCUGACUCUGAACGACCGGCUGCUGCAUCGAGUUGUUCCUCACGGUCAGAACUUCAACCCCGAAUACGCCGGCAUCUUCCACUUCCAGUUCUGGCAGUACGGUGAGUGGGUGGACGUGGUGAUCGACGACCGCCUGCCAGUCAAAGACGGAGAGCUGCUGUUCGUCCACUCGGCUGAAGGCAGCGAGUACUGGAGCGCCCUGCUGGAGAAGGCCUACGCCAAGCUGAAUGGCUCCUAUGAGGCUCUGUCUGGAGGCAGCACCACUGAGGGUUUUGAGGACUUUACCGGCGGAGUGUCGGAAAUGUACGAGCUGAAGAAAGCUCCCAGAGAUCUUCAUCGUAUCAUCAGUAAAGCUCUGGAGAGAGAAUCCCUGCUGGGUUGCUCCAUAGACAUCACCAGUUCUUUGGACGUUGAGGCGGUGACCUUCAAGAAGCUGGUGAAAGGCCACGCCUACUCUGUGACCGGACUCCAACAGGUGGAUUACCGCGGCCGGCAGGAACGCCUGAUCCGGAUCAGGAACCCCUGGGGUCAGGUGGAGUGGACCGGAGCCUGGAGCGACAACUCAUCGGAGUGGAGCUCCAUCGACUCGGCAGAGAAAAACGAGCUGCUCUGUAAGAUGGAGGACGGAGAGUUCUGGAUGUCUUUCCAGGAGUUUCUGCGUCAGUUCUCCCGGCUGGAGAUCUGUAACCUGACCCCGGACGCCCUCAGUCAGGACUCCACCAGGUUCUGGACCACGGCGCUGUUUGAGGGCAGCUGGAGGAGAGGAAGCACUGCCGGAGGCUGCAGGAACCACCCCAACACGUUUUGGAUCAACCCUCAGUAUAAGAUCUCCCUGCUGGAGGAGGACGACGAUCCCGAGGACGACGAGGCUACCUGCAGCUUCCUGGUGGCUCUGAUGCAGAAAGACCGCCGGCGCUACCGCCACCACGGCCAGGACGUGCACACCAUCGGCUUCGCCAUCUAUGAGAUUCCCGAGGAGCACCGCGGCUGUCCGAGCGUCCACCUGAAGAAGGACUUCUUCCUGCGCCAGUCCUCCUGCGCUCGCUCAGAGACCUUCAUCAACCUGCGAGAGGUGAGCGCCAGGCUCCGCCUCCCACCGGGCGAGUACCUGAUCGUCCCGUCGACCUUCGAACCCUCGAAGGAGGCCGACUUCGUUCUGAGGGUCUUUACCGAGAAACAGUCGGAGACCGAGGAGAUGGACGACGACGUGGUGGCAGACUUUGAAGAAGAGGAGGAGAUCUCGGCGGACGACGUUGACGACUCCUUCAGGUCCAUGUUCGCUCAGCUGUCUGGAGACGACAUGGAGAUCUCAGUGAGAGAGCUCAGGACCAUCCUCAACCGGGUCGUGUCCAAACACAGAGAUCUUCAGACGGAUGGCUUCAGUAUGGAGUCCUGCAGGGCCAUGGUCAGCCUUAUGGACAAGGACGGCAGCGCUCGACUCGGUCUGCUGGAGUUUCAGGUUCUGUGGAACAAGAUCAGGAAGUGGCUGGGAAUCUUCCGAGAGUUCGAUCUGGAUAAAUCCGGCUGCAUGAGUUCCUACGAGAUGCGCCUGGCGCUGGGAAACGGCGGGUUCAAACUCAACAACAAGCUGUAUCAGAUGCUGGUCGCUCGAUACGCCGACAACGAGAUCAUUGACUUCGACAACUUCACCUGCUGCCUCGUCAAACUGGAGGCCAUGUUCAAGGCGUUCCAGGCGCUGGACCGAGACGGGACCGGAAGUGCGGAGCUGAACAUCGGCGAGUGGCUCUACGUGACCAUGUGUGGAUGAAGAGCCUCCGUCAGCAAGAAGACCACACAGUACUACACACAGUACUACAUAUAGUACUACAUAUCUACAGAAUCACAGUACUGAACCCUCUU